AUGACUUCCAGCUCGUCUACUUCGACCAAGGCGACGGCCCCUACUCCAACCCCGACCCCUUCAGAUGACACGGAUACUGGAGGGUCAGGGUCCCAGGAAGAUCCAGAGCUCACCGGUGACAAACCCAAGGAAGCUCAGGCAUGCAGUUCCGAAAAAGACCUCUCUAUCAAACCAUUCUGUUCGCCUCAUGAUCAACAAGAAGUAUAUGUCGAUGACACUUACUAUGUAACCUGGCUUACUUCACUUGUCGGUUCCGACUCUGUUGUUAGAGUUGGCUUAGACUAUGUCAAUGUCUCUAUGAAUGAAGGACUCAAUGCUUGGCUUUCCCGCGAGACCCCAAACAACCACAGCUAUGUCGCCAUUCAGAUGAAGCCGGAGUGGCUCAAGGGCGAGAAACGCAAUAAUCUCACGUUUUUCCUGGAUGAGUUUCCAGAGGGUAAAGGAAAGGUUCAUCACAACGGCCCUACCAUCUCCCUCGUCAACAAACCUCCAGUUCACCAUCCUCCACCCCCUCCAACUCCUACACCCAAACCCCUUGGCCUUCUUAUCGGUCUACCUCUUGGUCUUGGCGCCGUUUUCCUGAUUCUACUCGGCCUCUGCUUUGGUAUGAAGCACCAGCGCCGAAUUGGCCUGAGCAACAUCAUGGGGAGACGCAACAAGGGCUACGGUGGUAGACGUGCCAGAGCCAUGAGAAGUGGACGCGGCGCUGGUGGUUCUAUCAGGUUGGACGACAUGGAAGAUAGCGGACAGCAGUAUUCCGACACCCCCCCUGAGCGACUUCCAUCACGUCAGCAUAUAGUUUCCGAUACGGAGACUUUCAACGAAGUUCAACGCCGCGAAGGGAAUGCUUUCAGACAGGAACUUGCCCGCUUGAAGAACUGGAAGUGA